UCCCCAAGUCCCAAGUCCCAAGUCCCACAUCCCAGACGUCCGCCCCAGCACUAUUAGGUACCCAAAUCUACCCGUGCCAUCCCACACAACCUUCAAGUACCCAGAUCCAUCAGCACAACACCACCCAUUCACAUUCGUUCUCGUGUGGUCUGGCAGACGAUCGUAUAGACACACGUCUGCAGACUGCCCCAAGCCCAACCCCCCUCCGAGACCACCCCCCCGGGCACUACCGCGCAUCUCUGCACACUCCUCCCUCAUCUACCCCCCCAGAUUCCGUCAUAGCCUGAACUGGCGACAGGGCUCACUUGACAGCAUUCUCGACCGAAGUGUAGGCAGCCCACAGCUUAGAUCCGCGCGACAGGGCAGGAUUGACGCAGCUUUCUGCAGCUAAGCCGCGCUCACUUUGCAAGCCCUACCAUUUGCGACGUGUCAGAGGCAAGGACACAUCACCUCUCGCCUUGUAACAAGCGUGCGAGCUGGCAAUUCACGAAAAUUUUUAUCAUAAGCUAGCACCCGCUGCAGGUAGCCAAAUAUGUCGGAUUCCCCCCAAUCUCCUCCCAAGGACGUCGAGCCAGGUGUACAAUCACCCGACGAUGAAGCACAAAUGAACGACCCUCAGGACCCACACGCCGCCGGGCUCGCCUAUGAGUUCGAAGUGAAAGAGCAAGAUAGGUGGUUGCCCAUAGCCAAUGUUGCUCGAAUCAUGAAGCUAGCAUUACCAGAAAAUGCCAAGAUAGCAAAGGAGGCCAAAGAGUGCAUGCAAGAGUGUGUUAGUGAAUUUAUAUCAUUUAUCACGAGUGAAGCCUCCGAAAAAUGCCACCAAGAGAAGAGGAAAACUGUCAAUGGCGAGGACAUCCUGUUUGCCAUGACCUCACUAGGAUUUGAAAACUACGCCGAGGCGCUGAAGAUCUAUUUGACGAAAUACAGAGAGUCUCAGUCCAACCGGGGCGAUAGCCAACAAAACAGGCCCGGUAGCCAGGGCUAUGGAGCAAACGCGGCUAGCGGAUCAAACGCUGUCGGCUCUACAGGCUUUCAGGGCGGAGACGCCUCCGGCGGCAUCGCCGAGUCGGGCGAGAGCUAUAUGUACGCUCAAGGUGGGCAUAAUGGAGCAGCAGGCGAGCCCGCGACAUAUUGAACGGUUCGGAUUUGAUUUCGCAAUUUGGCUUCCGCGUAAGGGUGCGGUGGUUUCCAGGCACCUUAUACUCCAUCUUCUUCGAGUAUGUAUAAAUAAGGCAUUCUGCGUUCCAGGCGCCGUCUUCUUGUGCGAGGAAAGCUGCCUUUGUUUGCUCGAGGACUGGAGUUCGGUAGCCGUGUUUGUAUAUGUAUAUGAAAGGCCGGCACGGAUGCCGAGGAAGAAAAGAAAGGGGACAAAAGCAACGAGUCCCUCGUUUUCAUCUUCGAUAGAUCCUCAUCGGGUGUUUCUCACACUUGGUCGUUGCGCACUCGGGAUCGCUCCUGAGGCCAGGCAUCGACAGUUAUUUCGACAGUCACCAUAGCUUCAAAUUGUAGGAGACACGGCCCUAUUGUUGAAGCCUAGCUAUGUACACAAACAAUACCCCGAAGUCUAUGCUUUUCGCAGGUGUGGAUAACCGCAAAUACAAUUUGGUGAUGUCUAGGGAAUGAGCUGACUAUAGCGACUGGUGUGUAUGCAUUCAUUUAACAAGCCCGUUCAAGGCAGAUAUAGCUGUAGUUUUUAACACGAACUUUGCAUAAAU